ACGCUGCCCGCGCCCGCCCCUCUCGUUUGCACUUUGUCGGUGACGUUGUCCCGCCGCGCCUGUCCACCGCGCCCGCCAAGCACGCAUCCAUCACCGCCACACUUCUUCUUCACGUCUUGGAGUAUACAUUACUGCGGCCCCUCGCAGUCUUUGUUGCCCAGGUCUCGCCUCCCCCGACGCUGCGCGCUACCCCCUCGUCGUUACUGGCAGCGCCGCUGUCAGUCUUUCAAACGUUUCUAGGAGCAGCGCGGGCCACCGUCAUCAGCACCGUAUUCCUCCACAGCACCUCGCAACCGCUGAAGACUGGCGCACAGCUCCGUCCGUCUGCGCUCUCGGCGAGCUCAUCUCUCAUCUCAAGCCGCCCCGCAGUGCGCCGCUGCUCUUCUCCUUCACGCCGGCCGCUCCGCCACCCGCAAAAGACCAUGGAUCAACCGCUCGGUAGCGAUAUGCUCGUCGACCCCGAGUACGACGAGAAGCAGGACGUCGCCAUCAUUACCCCCGAUGCCGACGACGAGGUCGAGUCGGAGCCGGAGCCCCGCGCGGAUGAGCAUGAAGCUUUUAUGAAAAAGCAUAUGCCCGAGCUGGUCGAUCAAGAGACAGAAGCCGAAGCCUACCACACUUGGGAAAUCAGGGAUUGGCGGUCGCUCACAAGGCGUGAGCAUGGCCCUGUGUUCGAAUGCGGCGGCCAUCCCUGGCGGAUACUGUUCUUCCCCUACGGCAACAAUGUCGAGUUCGCUUCCUUCUACCUAGAGCAAGGCCACGAGGAGAAGAAGGUGCCAGAGGACUGGUACGCCUGCGUGCAGUUCAUGCUGGUACUGUGGAAUCCCAGCGAUCCCAGCAUGUACGUGCUGCACUCCGCCACCCACCGCUUCACCGCCGAAGAAGGAGACUGGGGCUUCACGCGCUUCGCGGAGCUUCGCCGCCUGUUUAGUCAGCAGUGGGACGAUCGCGGCCGGCCCAUGGUGGAGAAUGGCGCAGCCAACGUCACCGCCUACGUGCGCGUGCUCAAGGACCCCACUGGCGUGCUAUGGCACAACUUCAUAAAUUACGACUCCAAGAAGGAGACGGGCAUGGUCGGCCUCAAGAACCAGGGUGCAACGUGCUAUCUCAACUCGCUGCUGCAGUCCUUGUUCUUCACCAAUGCUUUUCGUCAGGCCGUGUACCAGAUACCCACCGAAAACGACGAGAAUCGCUCUAACAGUGCGUUCGCCCUACAACGGUUAUUCUAUCUCCUACAGGCCUCCAAUAACGCCGUCUCCACCACCGAUCUGACGCAGUCCUUUGGUUGGGAUUCGAAGCAGAUCUUCGAGCAGCAGGAUGUGCAGGAGCUAUCGCGAGUUCUAAUGGACAGGCUUGACGAGAAAAUGAAAGGUACCGAGGCUGAAGGCGCCCUGGAAAGGAUGUUCGUUGGAAAAAUGAAGACGUACAUCUCUUGCAUAAACGUGGACUACGAAUCGUCCAGGAUAGAAGACUUUUGGGACAUCCAGCUCAAUGUCAGUGGGAACAAGAAUCUGGACGAUAGCUUCAGGGACUAUAUCCAGGUUGAGACCAUGGAGGGCGAGAACAAGUAUUUCGCUGAAGGUUACGGUCUUCAGGACGCGAAGAAGGGUGUCAUCUUCGAAUCCUUUCCCCAGGUCCUCCAUCUGCAGCUAAAGCGCUUUGAAUACGACAUCAACCGCGACGCUAUGAUGAAGGUCAACGACCGAUAUGAGUUCCCUGAGAUUUGGGACGCCACGCCGUACCUCUCCGAGCACGCGGACCGGUCGGAACCUUACAUCUACCACCUACAUGGAGUCUUGGUUCACAGCGGAGAUCUGAAUGCCGGCCAUUACUAUGCUUUUCUGAAGCCCGCCAAGGAGGGUCAUUUCUACAAGUUCGAUGACGAUCGCGUGACGCGUGCCACGAAGCGGGAAGCACUCGAGGAGAACUUUGGCGGUGACUACACUCAGGCGAACGGGAAUGUUGGACAGAGGAAUCCAUACACGCGAACCUGGUCUGCCAAGCGUUCCAUGAGCGCGUACAUGUUAGUCUACAUUCGAGAGAGCAGGUUGGAUAGCAUCCUGAUGCCUGGAAAAGAGUUGGAGGCACCGGCGCAUCUUGCCGAGAAGAUGGCGGAGGAACGGGCUGCUUUGGAGCGGCGACGGAAAGAGCGCGAGGAAGCGCAUCUCUACAUGGACAUCAAUGUGGCCUCCGAGAACAACUUCAAGGUCUACCAAGGUUUUGACAUAGUCCCCUGGAAGAGCGAAACCGAAUCCCCGGCGAAUCCAAAGCUGUACCGGGUGCUACGGGGGACAAAAGUGGUAGACUUUACUGCGAGCGUCGCCGAGGAACUUGGGCUUGAGCCGGAUAUGCUUCGGCCCUGGGCCAUGGUCAACCGUCAAAAUGGCACCGUCCGUCCGGAUGUGCCUAUCGCGUUCCCGGAUAUGUCAGUCGAGGAAGCAUCCAGUAAAUUCGGUAUUAAGACUGCCCAAUUCAAGCUAUGGAUGGAGAAGGCCGAGAAGCGGGACGAACAAGGGAGCCCGGUCUUUGGCGAGAAGCUAAUCGACCUGAAGAACCAGCAAGGAAAUCGCCCGCUGAUGCUCUUCCUCAAGCAUUUCGACGCCAAGACGCAGAGUCUGUUUGGCAUUGGCAACUUCUACGCAGCCUUCCAAGACAGAGUGUGCGACGUCAGCCCACAGAUCUGCAAGCUGAUGGGCUGGCCAAGCGGGACUCAAUUCAAGCUUUCCGAGGAGAUCAAGCAGAACAUGAUCGAAGGCAUGAAGCCCAAAAUGACACUGGCCCAGUCGGAAAUCCAGGACGGUGACAUCAUCACUGUGCAACGGACACUAUCAGACAAGGAAAUCAGCCAGAUUACUGCUGCAGGAGGCUAUGUGGAGACUAAGGAAUUUUACGAUUACCUGCUGAAUCGUAUCAAUGUCGAAUUCGUACCGCGAUUAGGGGAGACGGCACAGCUACCCACUUUCUCCCUGACCCUGAGCAAGAAGAUGACCUACGAUCAAUUUGCGGCCAAGGUCGCUGAGCACCUCAAGGUCGAACCCACUCAUAUCCGAUUCACGACGGUCAAUACACAAGGGAAACCCAAGGCGGCUGUAAAGUACACUCAACCAGGGACCCUGAAUAACAUCCUUUUCCCAGGCCCGUACAACUAUGCUGGAAGUACCAUGCAGAGAUCGGAUGCGCUGUUCUACGAGGUACUCGAAAUGAGUUUGAAGGAGUUGGAGCAGAGAAAAGCUGUAAGGAUCAACUGGCUAUCGGAGGGUCUCAACAAAGAAGAGGAACAUAUCUUGAUGAUUCCCCGAACUGCACAGAUUUCGGAUAUACUAGAAGCUCUGCAAAAGAAAGCCGGCAUCAGCGACGAGGUCAUGAAGAGAGUGCGGGUUUAUGAAGUCCACAACAACAAGUUCUACAAGGCGCUGAGCCCGGACUUCCAGAUCAUGGGAAUUGGCGAAUACCUGCAUCUAUAUGCCGCCGCUUUCCCGGAAGACGAGUCAUCAAAAAAGAUCUCGGUGUUCCACUUCGACAAGGAGCCAGCCAAGGUUCACGGCGUUCCGUUCCAAAUCUCUCUGAAAGAGGGCGAGCCUUUCAGCGAGACGAAACAACGCAUUUCGGAGUUCACCAAGAUCAAGGGCAAGCAGCUGGACAAGAUCAAGUUUGCUCUCGUCAGCAAGCCGCAGUAUUCCCGACCAGAAUAUAUUGAAGAUGAGGACAUACUGUGGGAUAUAGUAGGAUCUCGUGAUGACAUAGCGCUCGCCAUGGAUCACGCAAACAAGUCACGGGGCUUCUGGGGCAAGUCGGACUCGAUCUUCAUUCGGUGACAGGAUGCCAUGUAAGCUAUACUCGGCGAGGCAUUUCUUUUGGGUACGGCGCAGGGAGGCACAACCGGCGAGGCUACUUGCUUAUCAUCGGUGCUUAUCAUCGGAGUCGGUGUGUAUACAUAGAGGCAGUUGCAGUGCGGCUCCACUGCGGAAGGAGUCUCUCUCGCAUCGAGAGAUGUGCGGGGACGUCAAGGGGCCCGAUGUUGCGAAGGGUCGCCGCUGGAUGGCGUGGAGUCGGGUAGACGGAGAUGUAAGGUUUGCGUAGUAGGUCCGGUGUGAGGUUAGCAUCAUAGGCACGGGAUGGAAAAUGCAUCUUUCAGUUAGAAAAAACUCUUUU